AUGUGGGGCGUCCUGUUCGCCUUGGCCGCCUUGGCGCCUGCGGGGCGCCUGGGUCUGGGGGCGCCCAGCGCCUCGAUGCUGGAUCUGACGCCGCCUACCACCACCGAAGCCUCGGGCUCGACCCUGGCCCCUGCACAACCUCCCUCGAAGGCGAACGGGACCUCAGCACAACGUGUCCUAGUUCCAGUUAUCAAGAAAAAAGUCAUUGUGAGGAAGCGAAAGAAGGGAAUUCGUCUCAGCCCCUCCCUGACAACAAGACCUUCGGUGACUACCAGUAGACCAAGGACCCUCGAAAUCCCUAAGAAACAAGAAUCAGGCUGCCCUCCAUUGGGCCUGGAGUCCCUGAAGGUUUCAGAUAGCCAGUUCGAGGCAUCCAGCAGCCAGUCCUAUGGUCUUGGACCACACCGAGGACGGCUCAACAUCCAGUCAGGCCUGGAGGAUGGUGAUCUAUAUGAUGGAGCCUGGUGUGCUGAAGAACAGGAUGAUGAGCCCUGGUUUCAGGUGGAUGCUAAGAAACCCGUCCGCUUCUCAGGCAUUAUCACACAGGGCAGGAACUCUAUCUGGAGAUAUGACUGGGUCACAUCAUACAAGGUCCAAUUCAGCAAUGACAGCUGGAACUGGUGGGGGAGUAGGAAUCUCAGCACUGGGAUGGAUGCGGUAUUUCCUGCCAAUUCAGACCCAGAAACCCCUGUGCUGAACCUCCUACCAGAGCCUCAGGUGGCACGCUAUAUCCGUCUGCUGCCCCAGACCUGGCUUCAGGGAGGUGCAUCUUGCCUCCGGGCAGAGAUCCUGGCCUGCCCAGUCUUAGAUUCUACUGGCUUACCUCCUGAGGCCUAUGCACCAGGUUCUUCUGAUACCUUGGACUUUCGGCAUCAUAACUAUAAGGACAUGAGGAAGCUAAUGCAGCAAGUAAACGACCAGUGCCCCAAUAUCACCCGUAUCUACAGCAUUGGGAAGAGCUACCAGGGUCUGAAGCUGUAUGUGAUGGAAAUGUCUGACCACCCCGGAGAGCAUGAACUAGGAGAGCCUGAAGUGCGCUAUGUGGCUGGCAUGCAUGGGAAUGAGGCCCUGGGGAGGGAGCUGCUUCUGCUCCUGAUGCAGUUCCUGUGCCAUGAGUACCUGAGAGGGAACCCACGAGUAACCCGGCUGCUCACUGAGACACGCAUUCAUCUGUUGCCCUCCAUGAACCCCGAUGGCUAUGAGAUUGCCUAUCGCAAGGGUUCGGAGCUGGCAGGCUGGGCAGAAGGUCGCUGGACCUACCAGGGCAUUGACCUUAAUCACAAUUUUGCUGACCUCAACACUCCAUUGUGGGAUGCUGAGGAUGAUGGGCUGGUGCCCCACACUGUCCCCAACCAUCACCUACCAUUGCCUACAUACUAUACGCUUCCCAAUGCCACUGUGGCUCCUGAAACUUGGGCAGUGAUCCAUUGGAUGAAGCGGAUCCCCUUUGUGCUGAGUGCCAAUCUCCAUGGGGGUGAACUGGUGGUGUCCUACCCAUUCGACAUGACACGGACUCCCUGGGCUGCCCGUGAACUGACUCCCACAGCUGAUGACGCAGUCUUUCGUUGGCUCAGCACAGUCUAUGCUGGCAGUAAUCGGGCCAUGCAGGACCCAGAUCGUCGACCUUGUCACAACCAGGACUUCUCCAUACAGGGCAACAUCAUCAAUGGGGCUGACUGGCACACAGUUCCUGGGAGCAUGAAUGACUUCAGCUACCUCCACACCAACUGCUUUGAGAUCACUGUAGAGCUGUCCUGUGACAAGUUCCCUCAUGAGAAUGAGUUGCCCCAGGAGUGGGAGAAUAACAAAGAUGCCCUCCUCACUUACCUGGAGCAGGUGCGCAUGGGCAUUGCAGGAGUUGUGAGGGACAAGGACACCGAGGCUGGGAUUGCUGAUGCUGUCAUUUCUGUGGACGGGAUUAACCAUGAUGUCACAACCGCACGAGACGGGGAUUACUGGCGACUGCUGACCCCAGGGAAUUACUCCGUGACCGCCAGUGCUGAGGGCUACCAUUCAGUUACUCGGAACUGCCGGGUCACCUUUGAAGAGGGCCCUUUCCCUUGUAAUUUCCUGCUCACCAAGACUCCCAAACAGAGACUGCGAGAGCUGCUGACAGCAAAGGCCAAGCUGCCCCCGGACCUUCGGAGGCGGCUGGAGCGUCUCAGGGGAAAGAAGUAA